CUUGGUUUCUUGUUCUUGGGUGAGGUGGGGCUGAAUCCGCCGCCGAGUGCGAAGUUCAGUUCUUUGCGAGCCGCGAGCAGGGGACAGCCGUCCCGGCGGUUAUUGGUCGUGAGGGCUAGUGAAAAUCGCAACGAUUCUGUUAAGAAGUUGGGGAUGACGGAUGCGGAAUGCGAAGCUGCUGUUGUGGCGGGGAAUGUGCCCAAAGCGCCUCCGGUCCCCCGCCCAAGCCGGAGGCCCCGGCUGGAACUCCUGUCGUCCGUUUGCUAGCGAGUGUUCAAUUUAACUGCUUUGUUGAGCUUUACGAGCGUAGCGGCAUGGAGUGGCUGGACUAUGUGUUGAAUUUGUGUUUCUUACUUUGCCGAUGUAUUUCUCAUCAUACCGACAUUUUCCAGCUUUUUAGGUUCUUGACCUCCCUGAUUGGUUUUUGUUUGUGUAGCCAUUGAGUCGCCGCCCGCGUCGCAAUCGAAGACCACCGGCCCUGAGAUAAGCUUUCCAGGAGACAAGUUUGUCCCCGGCAAACUUUGUCUACCCACUUUUUAUUCGUGAAGGUGAGGAAGAUACUCCGAUUGGGGCUAUGCCAGGAUGCUAUAGGCUUGGUUGGAGGCAUGGGCUUGUAGAAGAGGUGGCGAAGGCUCGUGAUGUUGGUGUUAAUAGCAUUGUACUCUUCCCCAAAGUGCCUGAUGCUCUGAAGUCUCCCACUGGAGAUGAAGCAUACAAUGACAAUGGUUUGGUGCCAAGAACAAUACGAUUACUCAAGGAUAAGUACCCUGAUCUCGUCAUAUACUCUGAUGUUGCUUUAGACCCAUAUUCCUCAGAUGGACAUGAUGGUAUUGUCAGAGAAGAUGGUAAGAGCCUCAAUUAUCUCCAUUUUAAGGUUUUACAAAAAAAUAUACGUGCAAAAAUAGUUUCUAGGAAAAAGUAAACCUGAGGACUAAAAAGCAUGUGAGUUUAAUUUAUAUCUACUGUUUGGAAGUUUGUCCAUGAGUUUUUGGCCAACAGAAGAUUAUCAGCUGACAAGUGUAAGGCACAACAGAAGUUGUGCGAUAUAUCGACCUUUUUCUUAUGCUCUCUGAUUGGUCAAUUGCAUUUUUGUUGUGAAUAACUUUAAUUUUUCAGUGUUACUCUCUGUGGUGGGUUUUCCUAUGUGAAUCUUCUAUAUUAAUCUGCUUAUGCUGUCCACAUCGCCCGGAUAUUAUGAUUUGAGAGAGAAAUCUGUUGCUACUUAUCAAUUAUGUACUUCGUCAGUGUUUAGCAGGAAACUAAUUGGCCUAUAGGGAUUGGGUCAUGGUUUUAGCUAUUAUACAUAAAACCUGUUGUCCUUUAUGUAUGUUGCUAACUUUCUCCUGCAAUGUUUUGCUUUUCACUUAAGUGUCCUUAUAUUCACUGAGCUAUAUCUAUCUU